AUGGGCAUCAAGCGCACAUGUUUGGAAGACUGGGUGGAGAUCGAUCACAAGUACCUCGAGCGUCACAAGUACAAGGUACAACUCUUCCGACAACAUCCUGAAAAGACAAUUCAGCACCUGCCUGGCAGCGAGGAAGCUUCCUUCGAAGCCCUAUACCUUCUGGCGGAUAUGCUGCCGCGGCGGUAUCCCUCCAUGUUCCAAGCGACCGAGACGGGGAUUAAGAAUCUAGUCACGAACGAUGACUGGGACCUGCGAAGAGAAUCUUCCGUAUGGAACAACUGCCAUCCCUUGCAAGUCAUGGGUCUACUGUCCACCGAGGAUUGGUUCAUCAUGCAGCCCGACCAGGAGGAUCCGAGCAUCACUCGCCUACGGGCUGGUGCGAACUGUUUCCCUGCAGGCUGGAAAAUCCAAGAACGAAUUGGCCAUAGUCUCUGGGAAAUACACGCAGGCAAAGUCCCUAUGUACGAGCAGAAGCUCGCUGUGUCGAUGGAUCGGUUCUUCCAGCGCAUGCGGGUCGACUCGCCGGUCAUGCGAUUCAACUACGCCAUCGACAACAGCCCGGAGCUGUUCCAUAUCAACUCGCAUCACAACUUGAAGCCAGAAGUGCAAGAUCCCGUCGCGCUUGAUCAACUUUAUCUCAGGGUGGAGAGGCAAGUCCUGCAACGGUUGCCAAAGACAAGAGCUAUAGUCUUCUCGAUAAGGACCUAUGUCACGCCCAUCCUCGAAAUCACCAAGGACAGGGACGUUGCACUUGCUCUGAGGACGAGUGUGGAUAGCUAUGGGCCGGAAUUGGCGAAUUACAAGAACAAGCCCCUCUGGCAGGAUGUCGUUGGGGCUCAUUUGGACGAGAUCGUCAGGGGUCAAGGAGAGAAGCAGAAAAGGUAG